AUAAAGUACGUGUGUUUUCAGCAGUAUUCACAUUCAGUGUGGUAGGCUUUUGCAGUUGCUUUUGUGCAAAGUUUUAAGCACUUCUUGAUGUUUUUGCGUUCUAUCCUUGCGUUCUAUCUGUUUUUAUCACAGCAUUAUUGUGUUAUAUCUCAGGAAUCACUAUAUACUCAAGAGUCAUUCACUACAAUCACACCGUUGCCUUCACUUGCAGGUUCCAUCCCGUACCUCACACCUAAAACCAUGAUGUUCUUCUCUCUUUUGGCACUUUGUUCAACGGUUACUCUAUCAAGUCAGACUACAAAGUUGUGGUGUCCCAUUGUGGUGGUCAACACUUCUGUGCAUUUGAACUCAGACAGGGAGUUAAAAAUCAUCCCGGAAAACCUGCCCUGGAACGUAACGGAACUCUAUCUUUCUGUAAAUCAAAUACGAAAUGUGUCAGCAAACUCCUUGAGGCAUCUAUUGAAUUUAACUUUCAUUGAUUUAAAUAGCAACAUCAUUGAAUACUUUGAUGAUGAGGAUGCUCUAUUUUCACACUUUAAAAGUUUAAAAACGCUGCGUCUUGAUAGUAAUAGACUUUAUGAAGUACCAAGAACUCUGCCUUCGCGGCUAUCUACUCUGAGUCUGGGAUCAAAUCAAAUAAACUCCAUUAAGUCGGAAAACUUUUCAGGACUUCCAUACAUUGAAGCCAUUAAUCUGGACAACAACUGUUAUUUUCGUAGCAGCUGUAAGGAAUCCUUGAUUAUUGAGAAUGGGACGUUUUCUAACCUCAACCACCUGACCAACCUCUCCUUGACUAAGAACAGAUUACAAAGAGUCCCGCUGCAUUUGCCUGAGUCAAUAGUGUAUCUUAAACUACUUCUAAAUACCAUUGCAUACAUCAACAAAUCUGAUUUUAAUUGUUUGACUUCACUGCGAUUCCUUGACCUGUCCGGGAAUUGCCCUUUUUGCCCCAAUGCCCCUUUCCCUUGCAAGCCGUGUGGAGACAAAGGUAUGGUGAUCCACCCUGAGACGUUUACCCACCUGCCCCGGCUGGAGGAGCUACGCCUAUCCGGUAACUCCUUAGAGACUGUGCAUUCCAUGUGGUUUCAGAAUCUUACUUGUCUGAAGUAUCUGUUCAUGUCCUUCAACUUCCUCAUCAGUGAGAUCCGAAACGGAGAGUUCCUCUCCUGGCUGCCACUCGUGGAGGUCAUGGAUCUGUCUUACAACAACCUCAAAACAACUCCCUUCCCAAGAUUAACUAUUUCACAACAUUUCUCAAAAAUGACAUCACUGAGGGUCUUACAUCUUCAAGGUUACUACUUCUUGAGACUUAACAGCGAGGACCUGGAACCCCUUUAUAACUUACGAAAUCUUACUGUGCUGAAUUUGGGGGUCAAUUUCAUCCAACAGACCCAAUUCUCUUUUUUAAAACACUUUCACAACUUGUCUGUUUUCACGUUAAUUGAAAAUCAAGUCACUCUACUUUCGUCACCACAGUCGAAAUGCUGUCCCACUUGUGUGCAAGACGGGACUGCUGAACACAGCGAUACACCAGUCCUCUUUAGGCCAUAUAUUCACCGCGAUGAUGAUUACCAUUCAUACCGCCCUGCCAUCAAACCGGAGUGUCUGAAUGCCGGCAAUGUGCUUGCCCGCCGAAACAUAAUUUUUUAUAUUAGUCCAGAUUUUUUCAAGGACACGGAAAACAUUGCCUGUCUCAAUCUCUCAGCGAACUCCAUAGGAGGCACUUUUAACAGUUCUCAGUUUAGACAUUUUCCAAAACUCAAAUAUCUGGACUUGUCCCAUAACAGAGUUUAUCUGUCCUCAGACCAGGCAUUCACUGAAUUAAAAGACCUGGAAAAUUUGGAUCUAAGCCAUAACAAACACUACUUCCAGCUGAUCGGUUUAAACCACAGUUUAGCUUUCACCCGACAUCUUAAUUCUCUAAAGGUCCUCGACCUACGGUGGAAUGAGAUCAGUUCACUGACAAACCCACACAUGGACAGUAGUUCUUUGCAGAAGUUGUACUUUGCAGGGAAUCGGUUAGACUUGAUGUGGCGCAAUAGCCAAGGUUUCUGCAGCUUAUUUAAAAACCUUGCAAGUUUACAGUCUCUUGAUCUCUCAUGGAAUAAGCUGAAAAGUAUUCCCGACGAUGUUUAUGAGAAGUUACCAAAAACUCUAACCUUUCUAAGCCUGAAUCAGAAUGGUCUGUUGGGUUUCAACUGGCAUAUGCUCUAUCAUCUGCCUCAACUCCAAGAACUACACCUAAGCAAAAACGAACUAUGUUACGUUACCGAAAGUCUCUCGUCACUGACUCAUCAGCUAAAGGUGUUGGACUUGAGCUACAACAACAUAGGGCAGCUGGCUGGGUCAUUACUCAUGGGCGUGGUGAGUUUGAGGACCCUGGAUAUCAGUUAUAAUCGUCUUACCACCCUUAAUGGAACUACUUUCCAGACAGGUCAGGAUGCCACUCUACAGAUACUCAAACUGGAGAACAACCCCUUUCACUGCACGUGCGACCUGCUCGAUUUCAUCUUCUGGAUACGCUCCAGCCCAGUGACCUUGCCUAACCUUGUAACUAGAGUGCAGUGUAACCUACCAGAGUCCAAGAGAGGCAAGUCUAUUGUGCAGUCUGACAUCGACACCUGUCUCAACGAUAACAUCGCUCAAAUCUUCUAUGCUGUGUCCUCCUCUGUGGUAAUCUUUAUACUCUCCAGUUCUGUUAGCGCUCACCUCUUUUACUGGGAUGUGUCGUAUAUCUUUAGCUUCUUGAGCGCUAAGGUGAAGAGUCAACGGCCAAGCCAUGCACAAUACAUGUACAACGCCUUUGUGAUCUAUGACACCAAAGACCCGCUCGUCUCCGAUUGGGUGCUGUGUCACUUGCGAGUUGAGCUCGAGGAGCAUGGCGGUGAGAGGGUCCGCCCUCUCUGCCUGGAGGAGCGCGAUUGGGUGCCCGGCAUGCCUGUCAUUGACAACCUCUCGCGGAGUGUGCGUCUGAGCAAGAAGACCAUCUUCGUGCUGACCGAGGGCUUCACGGGCAGCAGCCUCUUCAAAAUGGCCACCUUCCUGGUACACCAGCGUCUGGUGGAGGAGGGCCUGGACGUGAUGGUGCUGCUGCUGCUGCAGCCGGUUUUGCUGCGCUCACGCAUCUUGGGCCUGCGCCGCUGCCUGUGUCACCACAGCGUGCUGGAGUGGCCCACCAACCCGGCUGCCCAGGGCUGGUUCUGGCAGCAGCUGCGCAGCGCUGUACGCACCGAGAGACAGGCAUCACACAGUAAGCUGCACAGGAAGUACUUCUCCAGUCGCUAGAGAGAGAGAGAGAAAGAGAGAGAGAGAGAGAGACAGAGAGAGAGAGAGAGAGAGAGAGUAUUCUGGUCCACACAGCAUUCCACACUUGUAUUUGAUUUAUCAGUCAUUGAGAACUAAGCCUCACACUGCAGGCUGCACAGGAAGUACUUCUCUGGUGGCUAGAACACCUAAGAGAGUUCUGUGAUGGCUGAUGAUGGGUCUUGGUCUGGUUCUGGUCUAGAUGCCAUUGCACACUGUGAUUUGCUAAAAUAGUGUUGCUACCAACAACUGACUACAGGACUGUUCUGGCCCCAAACCAUAGUACACAUGUCUGUAUUUCAACUGUAUUUACCCUUGUGCAUAUAACUAUUUUGUAUUAAUACUAUAAGUGUACUUUAUAUAAUUAAUAUACUUUACUUUAUUUUUGGGUCGUUGAAGUAGAACCUCUCAUUGAAUGGAUCUCUAUUAAAGCCUAGUAUAUUCCUACAGUGUAUAUUCACUAUCCUGUAUUGUUAAUGAUAUCUGGUGCGGCAAUGUAUUGCAAGUUGUUUUGACUUAUGUCUGAUGGUAAUUACAUUGUUCUUUGUUAUAUCUA